AUGCCUCUAGUACAAUAUUCUGAUUCGGAAUCCGACUCAGAAUCUAGAUCUUCUCUCCCUCCAGCUAAGAAACCCCGGCACAACAUCAAUCCAGGCCCAUCGCUACCGCCCUUACCUGCAUCAUUCCACAACCUCUAUGCCUCGAGCACACGUGUGAGCGUGCAAGAUGAUCCCAGCCUUCAUGGCGGCCGCACGCGCGUAAUUCCCCAUGUGGAAGGAAACUGGCCAACACAUCUUUACCUCGAAUGGUACCCGGGGAAAGACGAGCUAUCGCUCCUUGCAGAUGUCAUUUCUCAGUCUGGGAAUGUGCCAGAUGAGAAGGCCCCCACGGUGCACAGUCUUCUGCAUAGCGAUCUCGGUGCCCAGUUACCCCUUCAUAUCAGCCUGUCUCGGCCGGUGAUUCUUCGCACCGAGCAGCGUGUCUUGUUCACUGAGGCGCUACAAAAGGCUAUUCACGACUCACAUGUUUUAUCAUUUGACGUGAAACCAGAUACUUUAUACUGGUCAUCUAACUAUGAAAAAACACGCUGGUUUCUUGUCUUGGGCGUGCAGAGACCGAGCCAUGAUGGUCUGAACCGCCUCUUGAAGCUAUCAAAUGACACUCUUGCUCGAUUUGGCCAGCCACCACUUUACGCAACCCCCUCGACACAAGGGAAGCAGACCAGUGUAUCCCAUCGUGAUAAAAGCAGCAGUCUGAGCGGUGAGGAUUUCUCGGGGUGCUUUCAUAUCUCACUUGCUUGGAGUUUGUCAGAGCCCAGCCUAAAGGAACGUGAACGGGUUGCCGGGGUAGAUCUGCGCGCUUUACACGAAAUGCGGGUUAGAUUCGAUAGCGUCAAAGCGAAAAUUGGGAACAUUGUCAGUAGUAUACCGCUAGGAAAAAGCUCAUAA